CUUCUCUCAUUGAGCACAACGAAAACUCUCCACAACAGGUGUAUUCACAGUGUCCCAUCAAGAAGGGAACCGGUAUUGAGCAGUGUUUCAAGAUCACCACGAUGUGCAGAGGUGAUGAACAGAACCUAAGUCAAUUGAUGCACCACAGCGAGGGAUCCUAUGUACGAUCAUUUCAAAAAUUCUUCAUGAACCUUCCGCUUGCAUGUUUAGUUGGACGUGAUAUUCUUGCAGUGCAUGGAGGCAUUAGUCCAAAACUACGGUCACUGCAGGAUAUACGUGAGAUUGCACGCCCCAUUGAUGAGUUUAUGAAAGGAACUCUAGCAUGCGAUUUGGAUUGGUCUCAUCCAGACACGCUGAAUAAAGUGGCUGAGUUUGAACAGAACUUCGAGAGAGAAGCAACCGUAGGCAUAGGUCAGCUGUUUUCCCAGUCGGCAGUGAAAGAUGCAUGUAGGAGACUGAAAGUGAAGAUGAUCAUCCGUGGACAUC